CGUAUCCCGCUCCUGACUCCUACACCGGACGUGCGUCAGCAGGUAGCGGAGCCAUUUUGACGUGAAGGGAGAAGAGCUGCGUGUUUGUUGUUCGGCUUCGUCUUUUUUUUUUUACACACAAACACAGGUCACCAUGGCUAUGCAAGCGGCGAAACGCGCUAAUAUACGAUUACCUCCAGAGGUGAACAGGAUCCUGUACGUCAGGAAUCUUCCUUACAAGAUCACAGCCGAGGAAAUGUACGAUAUCUUUGGGAAAUAUGGACCGAUACGUCAAAUCAGAACAGGGAACACGCCUGAAACAAGAGGAACGGCCUACGUGGUUUAUGAAGACAUCUUCGAUGCCAAGAACGCCUGCGACCAUCUGUCAGGCUUCAACGUCUGCAACCGUUACCUGGUGGUCCUCUACUACAAUGCAAACAGAGCUUUCCAGAAGAUGGACACAAAGAAGAAAGAGGAACAGUUGAAGCUUCUGAAAGAGAAAUACGGCAUCAACACAGACCCUCCAAAGUAACAUUCAGGAAAUACCACCACCUCCAUUUGAUCCCUCAUACCCAGAAUCUACUAAUACAAAAAUCAGAUGUUCUUUUUACACAGGUAUUGAUUUUCUGAUACACUUGUUGAAAAUAUUGUUUAUUUUUUAAUGAUUUUGUUGAAAUGAGGAGUUGGAAAAUGUUUUUUUUAUUAUUUCUGUCAUCAAAUAUGUGUGAUCAUUGAAUAGACAAGUGUGUGAGUUAACACAAGGGCAGAGAGCGGUUGUAUGCCGUUCCCAGAAUUCACGUUUCAGUUGCUUCAGUUUUUUCAGUUAGAUUUUGUGAGCUGGGCAUCAGAAUCUUUGGUGUUCCUGUCAAAGGUGGGACAAACUCUUCAGAGAGGAGUUUUACCAGGUUUUGACGGUGACUGGGAAAGUGUUUUCAUUCUUUUUGUUGUCACUUCUACUUCAUACUUUUACAAUCUUUUAAUUUAAAGCCAACCAUGGUCAUGCAGUGUGUGACAUGAAAUUGAGUUGAUCAUUUCUGACUAUGUAAAUGGUUUCAUGUAAAAUAAAUGUUCCUUUUCUAAAUC